GAUAUACGUUGGAGCUGGAACUACCACAAGACCUCAGGCCUCAGGCUCCAGCACGGUCAAGUGACUUUUUAACUCCUAAGGUGGUCGUAGUGAAAAUCCAUUUAUAUUCCAUGGCUGAGAUGGACUCACUCACGUCCUUGCACUUGCACCAUGACGAAUCUCCCCGAGCCAAAAGGCGUCGCUGCCAUCCUCAACCCAAACGCAUGUCCAUCUGUCCAUCGCUCCAUCUUCUCUGACUUUGCCCUCCCUGGACGCGUUGCAGUCAUCACAGGCGGACACAGAGGCAUAGGCCUCGAAAUGGCGUUCGCGCUCGCAGAAGCGGGUGCGAUUGUCUAUUGCGUCGACUUGCCAGCAUUUCCCGAUUCCGACUGGGAAGCAGUGAAACAGCAUGUUGACAAGCUGUCCCCCCUAUCUGAGGAGAUUGUACGAGGCGCUGCCAACAAGCCGUCGUCCAAAUCAAAGCUCGUAUACAUCUCUGCAGACGUGACAGACCAGGACGGCACGCGUGCUGUAUUCAAGCACAUCGCUGAAACGGAGGGUCGCGUAGACGUCUGUGUUGCAUGCGCAGGGAUCCUUAGGAGUGCAGAGUGCUUGGAGUACCCGGGCGACGAGUUCAGGAAGCUGAUCGACAUUAAUGUCAACGGGGUGUUCUUCACGGCCCAAGCUGCUGCACGUCAGAUGGUACGCCUUGGCAUCCCAGGCAGCAUCAUCUUGAUUGCAUCCAUGAGCGGUAGUAUUGCAAAUAGGGGACAAAAUUUCGUCGCCUACAACACUAGCAAGUCCGCCGUUCUCCAGAUGGCUCGGAGCAUGGCUUGCGAGCUGGCCCCACAGAAGAUUCGCGUGAACACGAUCUCCCCUGGCUACAUUCUUACCGAUAUGACCAAGGCGUAUCUGGAUCCUCAGCCUAAGCUUCAUGCCGAGUGGUCGUCGCAAAAUCCCAUGGAUAGACUCGGACGACCAGACGAGUUGCGUGGUGUUGUCACCUGGCUUGCAUCCGAUGCCUCUACCUACUGCACCGGUAGCGAUAUGAUCGUUGACGGAGGGCAUAGAGCUUGGUGAAGGGGGGGAAGGGAAAAGAAAAGGAAGUAUAUGUAUUAUCUGUAUAAAUAUAUCAAUGU